AUGCGGACGAAACAUGAAAAUGACAGUGAGCAUUCUGCAAAGAAGUACAUGUGGAAGAAACAAUAUAAUGGACGUUGCGAGAUCAAGAUGUCAGUAUCUGGUCACAUGUUAUCUGAUGUACCUCGUAGAAUUAGAUCCUUUGCAAAGAAUCCAGUACAUGGUCUAAAAAAAUACGAGGUUACCACGAGGCCAAAAAUAAAACCAUUUUCUGCAUCUGUAACUCCUUCUGGUUUCAUUAAUAUGAUUGACACAAUUGAUCGAAAGCGCAAAACUUCUACAGAGAAAAAUUUUUCUGGCAGUAAAGCCUACAGGAAUUCCUUUACUAGUAAAACCGGCGAGAGGAUUCUGAAGAUUGGAGCAUAUGCUGAAACUGGUAUUGGAAAGGCACAGGCUGAGGUCGGCGUCCUUGAAGCUGAAGCAAGAGGUCCCAAUGCCUCAGCUGGAGCAGAAGCCGGUUUAACUGGAGUAAGGGCCAUGGCCAAAGCCGAGCUAGCAAGUGCUUCUGCCUCAGCUGGUCCUGUUGGUGUCAAAGUUGGCCUUGGUGUAGAUACUGGAGCAGCAAUUGGUGUGGAUGGUGUGGAGGCAAAGUUCUUAGGUACUGGCAUUAAAGUUGGGCCCACAACAAGUGUUUCUCUAGUGGGAACAGAAGUUUCCUGUGUUAUCCAAUAA